AUGGCCAUGGCCAUGGCGAGCGGGACGGGCAGGGCGGCCCCUUGCUCCCCAGUCGAGCUCGAGCUCGUCCAUGGCAGCCGCGGCGGGCAAGGCGGGACGGCGGGCCGCGACGGGCAGGGCGGGCCUACGGGGCCGCGGUCAUCGUCCACGGCCACGGCGAGCGGGACGGGCGGGGCGGGGCGGCGAGACGGCCCGCUCACCCCCGCCCGCUCGCCGUCGCCACCCCGCUCGCGCCCUGGCUGCGUCGCGCCCGGGCCAAGCCCGCGCCCCACCCGCUCCGCGGUCGCGCCGCGGCCGGCCAGCGGCGCGCGCCGGCGCCGCGCCCCGCACCUGCACGCCCCACGCCCGCGCCUGCGCUGCGCCCCGCGCCCCGCCCCGUGCCUGCGCUGCCGGCCAGUGCGCGCCGCGCCCGUGCCCCGCUCGCGCUGCGCCGCGGCCUGCCCGCCCAGUGCCCCCGCUCCCGCGUGGCCACGCUCGCCGCCCGGCAGCCCCGUGCCCCUCCUGCCGCCGCGCGCCCCGCUCGCCCGCAGCCUCUCGGUCGCAACCCCGCUCGCCAGCUCGCCCGCAGCCGCACGCCCCGCUCGCCCCCCGCACCCUCACGCCCAGCCGGUCCGCAACCACCAGCGGCCGCGCGCGCUCGCCGGGUGCGGCCUCGCCGCCACCGGGGCCCCGCUCGCCCCGCCCGUGCCGCUCCGGGCUCACCGCCCUAGCCUGCGCCCGCUGCUUCUGCCUUGCCGGAGCUCGUCGUGCAGGCCAGCGGCAGCACAAAGCGGGCAUCCAUGGCCGGGAAAAAGGAGAAAAAGAAGGAGAGAGGGGAUUGAUGGGCAGAUUCCCUUUUUUAUUUGA